UAAUCCCAGUGUGAAGAGAAUCCGCAGGUCGCGACUAGACGCGCCUGUCAGGUCCGGGGCCAGUUUACCCUCGAGAAGAGGAGCCGGGAACCCUCGCAGGACUUAUUUCACUCUGUUGGCUCACUUUGUCUUGAUUUCCGCGUCGCCUGAGCGACGGCAGGUGGCUUUGUUAGGACGCAGGUGAGAGGAUCGCGCAGGUUUUCACCUGAACACCUGAACUAUGGCUUCAACCACCUGCACCAGGUUCACCGACGAGUACCAGCUGUACGAGGAGCUGGGGAAGGGAGCUUUCUCCGUGGUGAGGAGGUGCAUGAAGAUCUCCACAGGGCAGGAGUACGCCGCCAAAAUAAUCAACACCAAGAAACUGUCUGCAAGAGAUCACCAGAAGCUGGAGAGAGAGGCCCGGAUCUGCCGCCUGCUCAAGCAUUCCAACAUCGUGCGUCUCCAUGACAGCAUAUCAGAGGAAGGAUUCCACUAUCUGGUCUUUGACUUGGUCACCGGCGGGGAGCUGUUCGAGGACAUCGUUGCCCGGGAGUACUACAGCGAGGCCGACGCCAGUCAUUGCAUCCAGCAGAUCCUAGAGGCCGUGCUCCACUGCCACCAGAUGGGCGUGGUCCACCGGGACCUCAAGCCAGAGAAUCUGCUUCUAGCCAGCAAGUUGAAGGGGGCGGCCGUGAAGCUGGCGGACUUCGGCCUGGCCAUCGAGGUGCAGGGGGACCAGCAGGCAUGGUUUGGUUUCGCUGGGACUCCAGGGUACUUGUCUCCAGAGGUGCUGAGGAAGGAUCCUUAUGGCAAACCUGUGGACAUGUGGGCCUGCGGUGUGAUCCUCUACAUCCUCCUGGUGGGCUACCCUCCCUUCUGGGACGAGGACCAGCACAGACUCUACCAGCAGAUCAAAGCUGGAGCUUACGACUUUCCGUCUCCAGAGUGGGACACGGUGACACCCGAGGCCAAAGACCUGAUCAAUAAGAUGCUGACCAUCAACCCUGCCAAGAGAGUGACGGCCACCGACGCCCUCAAGCACCCCUGGAUCUGCCAACGCUCCACGGUGGCCUCCAUGAUGCACCGGCAGGAGACGGUGGAGUGCCUGAAGAAGUUCAACGCUCGGAGGAAACUCAAGGGUGCCAUCUUGACUACGAUGCUCGCCACUCGCAACUUUUCAGCAGCCAAGAGCCUGCUGAACAAAAAACCAGAUGGUGUCAAAAUCAACAACAGGGCUAAUGUGGUCAGCAGCCCCAGAGAGCCUGUCCCCGCUCCGUCUCUGGAGCCUCAGACCACAGUUAUCCACAACCCGGCGGACGGAAACAAGGAGUCCAGCGAGAGCGCCAACACCACCAUGGAGGAUGAGGACGUGCGAGCUCGUAAGCAGGAGAUCAUUAAGGUGACGGAGCAGCUGAUCGAGGCGAUCAACAACGGAGACUUUGAGGCGUACACGAAGAUCUGUGAUCCUGGACUCACGUCCUUCGAACCCGAGGCUUUGGGCAACUUGGUGGAGGGCACAGACUUCCACCGCUUCUACUUUGAGAACGCUCUGUCCAAGGGGAAGCUGCCCAUCCACACCAUCCUGCUGAACCCUCACGUGCACCUGAUGGGAGACGAGGCCGCCUGCAUCGCCUACAUCCGCCUGACGCAGUACCUGGACGGCAGCGGUGCGCCCCGCACCAUGCAGUCGGAGGAGACGCGCAUCUGGCACCGCCGCGACGCCAAGUGGCAGAACAUCCACUUCCACCGCUCCGGGUCGCCCACCGUCCCCGCCAAGUAAGACGCUGACGUUCCUCCACCACCGUCCUCUAGCCUGCAGCCGUCGGCUGACCCCGUCCCCCCUGUCGCGUGGCCAUGAAGCCCCUCAGCCAAUCCCCACCCGGUCCGCUCCACCUCAGCCAACCCCCACCCGGUCCGCUCCACCUCCACCUACGCCCCCCCAGUGUUCUGUUUACAUUUCUGCUGCUGGAUUAAAGAUUAGCGUUCAUGUUGUGAAGCAACGGAUGUGAAGCGAGGGAGAAGAAUUCCAGUCCGGACUCUGUGUGUGGUGUUUCAUAUCAGCGGCGUGUUUUAUUACUCCGAGGUUUGGUCUGUUUCUUAAACCCGUUUUAAGUAGACGUGGAUCUCCCGGGAGCCACGUGUUUCAGUCCAUAUUUUCUAUGAGCUGGUGUGAGAUUUCAAGCUUUUUAAUGGAACUGUACACAUAUUGAGCUAUGGUGACGUAACGGCCCGUAGGCCCCAAGACCAAUAUUUGACAUAUCUGCUUUUAGCUCGUCGGCUCGUAUGCUCACAAGCUUUUGCUUUGUUUUGCAUAGGUUUUGCUCGUUGGUGUAAAUGAUUCUCUUUGCUUGCUCUGCAGCAUCUAUGAGUUAAACUUCUCAGAUCGUCAAGUUGCGUCAACUAGAAGGUGCAACAGUUUCAAGGGAAGUCGGCGUGGCGUGCGUUAGCGUCUGUUGCUGCGAUCGCCGUCGUCACACGGCAGCACAGAAAUGUUAAGACCUGGACUGCAGGAGUAGAAAUCUUAGAGCGUUCUGCGACUCUUCCGGAUGUUUUUCAUAAAUAAAGAAGCUAAACGAUGUGAAUUUUAUCAGUUGAUUACGUUUUAUAUGGUGAUAUUGAUGCUUGUCUCGCGUCUUCCCAUCGUAGACUCUCAUCUUUAAACUUUUUGUCAUGACUUCUCUCAUCCAUCGUGUGCGUAACAGCACCGCGUUGCACGCUGGAUUCCCCGUGUUUCCGUACCACAGAUUCCUGCCUGAGCUCCAAUCUUCAGGUCCAACCCUCAGCUCCUUGUUUGAGUUUAUUUGUUAAGAUUUAAAGCACAGAUGGGAAAAGUCUUUUGGGAUAUAAUGUACUCCAGAGUCGAAGCGAGGCACAGGAAGUUCCGCUCCAAACCUCCACAGGGUGUCCAACCUCUUGACUGCAUUCGUCUCGAGGUUUUCUUCCUCUCUUUCCAGCGGAUUGUGUUUUCUUUAAGACGUUUUCAUCUCUCCAGCCCACUGAUGGCUCACUGGUUUUUAAUGUCGUUAUUACGGGACAAGCCUGGUGUAUGUUAAAGGAAAUCUCAAUAAAAAUGUGUGACUUAUGCCAAAUUAUCA